GAGUAUAAAUACGUAGGAUUAUCUAGCUUAUUCGACACAGUACAAUCGUGACAAUCGUACAAUUUGAAGUUACAGAUUAUUUUUUCAUUUUAUUAAUCUCAUCAUGACGUUUGAUACUCUAUCACGUAAUUGGACAAGAAGAAUAUUUUUUCAUGUUAUUCUUGGAUCGAUCGUGAUAUUAUCUGUCUUGCAAUAUUCGGUGGAGGCUGACGAAGUGCCAGCAUUUUUUUUAAAAAUUGCUAAAAACAUUCCGCGAGUUGGACGAAGCGGAGACAAAUUUGAUGAUUUCUUUUUGAAUUCUCCGAAAAAUAUUCCUGAAACAGGAAAACACGAUAAUAAUUUAAAGUCUUCGGAGUCAUGGCAAUCCCACGAAAAUUCUGAAAGCUUCGCGAAACCAAUUAAAAGACGUAUAGAUUAUUCACCACUCGAUCCUGCGGAAUCUUUGUCCUGGCAACAUUUUCCACUUGCUAUCGAAGGACCUAAAGAAUUAUGGCGAACUUUAGCAGGAUAUUCAAAAGAUCCUUUGGAAGACAUGACUAACGAAAUAUGGGUGAGAAAGAAAAGGACUGACGAAGACACUUCAUUUUGA